AUGUUCUCAUCUACAACUUCUCACACAAGCGGGUGGGAUUCGGAUGACGAGACUAAAGUGACUCAACUCUUGUCGUCUGAACCAGCCUACCCGUUUUUAUUGAUUGAAUACAUCACUAACAUCCAAAAUUCUUCUUCGGAUGGUCGCGUAAUAGUAUACGACGACGAUUCUUCAAAGGGAAAGGCAACAAAAGUCACUAUUAAGGACAAGAAACUCGAGAAGGAGGUCAUUGAGGCGAUGACUGUCGGAUUUUUACGUGAUGGAUUAAAAUUCUAUCUUUCGUACAGAAGCAGCGACCAUCAACCUGUGAUCACUUAUGAGACCUCCAAUCCCAAACUAGAAAACUUGACCAUUCAUUUACCUUCUGUACCCACCGGUACCAAAAUCCAUAACCUAGCCAUGUCCUCUAUACCUGUUCAAGAUAAAGAUUGGGUAGUGGGUGUCAAAUUAUCGGGAUCUCGGGUUAGUCUUUGCAGGCCUUUUGGCAGCUCUAAAUGGAUCAACAUGAAAUUCAUGUCUCAGUGUAUAAACCCUUUAUCUAGCCUCAUGUUCUCCAAGAGAGAUCAAAGGUUCUACAUUCCAAGUUACGGAGGCAACUACUUGUGCUACUUGGAUCUCAACUCUAAGGAGGGUGAUGAUCAUUUCAACUCUAGGCAGGAGAAUGGGCAACCCAGCUUCAUCGACUUGGAUUAUGAAAAUCUUCCAGAGUCGGUGUUUAAGCAGUUGGCGGGAGUGAGUUCAUGUUCCAAGACAGAUCACCUUGUGGAGUCACCCACCGGCCAACUUUUCCUCGUCAAGUGGUUCGUGGAGGACGUGGAGGACCUUUGCGACAAUACACCCAUGCACGUAACAAAAAAGUUCAUGGUGUUUAGAGCAAAUGAGGCUUCUGACGAAAAGAAGAAGACUAUGAUCUACACAGAACACAUUGGAGAUCUUUGCAUUUUUCUUGGACAUAGUGAGGCUUUCUGCAUCCCGGCUAGUACGUCGUGUGGACUCGAGCCUAACUGCAUCUAUUUUGUUGGCAAUAACUUUGGUGUUUAUGAUCUCACCACCGAAACUUGCUCUACCUUUUACACUAGUGUAAGGCCACUAAAGAACGUUAGUUUCCCUUACUGGCCUCCGCCAACCCCUAUCUACUAG